UACUACUCCAGCAUGAAAUGAUAUCUCACAAUCUGAUCAUUGCAUUCUUGAUUUGCCCCUUUUUCUUUAUAACAAAGCUUCUCUCUUGUCUCCAUGUUAAAUCAUAUUCACCUCCAUAGACCACUAACAUGACCUCAUUCUUUCCUUGUUUUUUCCUUCUUUCUCUCCUCUCUUCUUCCCCCUCCAUUCAUGCAAGAGCACCACCCAUUUACACCAUAAACCCUACUAAUACACCAUCCUUACCUAAUAUCAACCAAAGCUACACAUGGCAAGAAUUCGUGAAAUUCCAGGAUGCCAGCAAGGGCAGCCUCGUCAAUGGAAUUUCUAAGCUCAAGCAAUACCUCGGAAAUUUUGGUUAUUUGGAGAGUGAAGACGUUACAAAUGCGACCGAUGUAUUCGACACGGAUCUUGAACUCGCCGUAGCAAGAUAUCAGGAGAAUCUAGGCCUUCCCCUUACCGGAAAGCUCGAUUCUCGUACACUUUCUCAACUUAUGUCGCCGAGGUGCGGCGUCCCUGACAAUUGGAGAACGAUGCACGCGAUGGAGAACUACGUCUACUUCACCGGGCGGCCAAGGUGGGGACGGAAUAUUCCCAUGACGCUAACCUACGCCUUCUCACCCAAAAACAUGAUCACUUCUCUGAGCAAGGAGGAUUUAAGGGGUGCUUUUCAACGGGCUUUCUCGCACUGGGCAUCGGUGAUCCCAGUUAAGUUCGUGGAAUCAGAUGAUUACGGGUUCGCGGACAUCAAAAUAGGGUUCUACUACGGAGACCACGGCGACGGGGAGGCGUUCGACGGCGUGCUCGGUGUGCUGGCUCAUGCAUUUUCGCCCGAGAGCGGGCGGUUCCACCUGGACGCAGCGGAGACGUGGGCGGUGGACUUCAGGGCGGAGAAGGCGGACACAGCCGUGGAUUUGGAGUCGGUGGCGACACAUGAGAUUGGUCAUCUUUUAGGAUUGGCGCAUAGCAAUGCGAGAGAAGCGGUGAUGUAUCCGAGCUUGAAACCGAGGGAGAAGAAAGUGGAAUUGAAGGUUGACGACAUUAAAGGGGUGCAAGCGCUGUAUGGUUCAAACCCUAAUUUCAGGUUUCGGGGUUUCGCUGAAUCGGAUAUGUCUUCCAAUGGUGGUUUACAUUGGAGGGUUGGAGGAGAAGAGAUCAUUAGGGUUAAUUGCAUGUUGAUGUUCGUAUUGUGGUUGUGCAUGUAAUUGGCUAGAAUUAAUAUAUAAUUUUAACACUGAUUUUCUCAUUUCUUUUAUUGCACUUAUUCCCAUAAAACAAUAACACAAUUUGUUUUGCUAGCAGAAUUAUGAGAGGUGUCGCUUUU